AUGGCGCCUUACCAGUCUGGUGGAGCACCCGCCACCUGAGGCGAGGAACCGUGGCAAGAGUUAGAGACCCUAACGCAGUUUGGAGCUGGGACUGAGCAGCUGUCCCACAGUCAGGUCAUGAGCUCCAGCAGCCACCUGGGAGCAUGGUUCCCGAGCCUGCUGGUGCACCCCGCCGGGGUAUUCGGGAUAGCCUUUCUUGCCCGAGUCGUCCUGGUGUUCUAUGGGGUCCUCCAGGACCGGUCCCUGCACGUGAGGUACACGGACAUCGACUACCAGGUCUUCACGGACGCUGCGCAUUUUGUCACUCAGGGGCGCUCUCCUUACCUGCGGGCGACCUAUCGUUACACUCCGCUGCUGGCUUGGCUCCUCAUUCCCAACGUCUGCCUCAGCGAGCUGUUUGGAAAGUUUCUGUUCAUCAGCUGCGACCUUCUCACCGCUUUCCUCAUAUACCGCCUGCUACUUCUGAAGGGGCUGGGGCAGCGCCAGGCUUGUGGCUACUGUGUCUUCUGGCUCCUCAACCCCCUGCCCAUGGUGGUGUCCAGCCGGGGCAACGCGGACUCCAUUGUCGCCUCCAUGGUGCUUAUGGCCCUGUACUUAAUAGAGAAACGACUCAUCGCGUAUGCCGCAGUAUUCUACGGUUUCGCGGUGCAUAUGAAGAUGUAUCCGGUGACCUAUGUUCUUCCCAUAGCUCUCCACUUGCUUCCAGAACGCGACAGUGACGAAGAACGCUGUCGGUCCCGGCAUUCUCUCCAGGCUCGUUUGUAUGCAUUCCUGAAGAGGCUGUGUAGUCGGGCUGUUCUGAUCUUUGCAGCAAUUGCUGGAUUCACAUUUUUUGCGCUGAGCUUUGGUUUUUACCUUAAAUAUGGUUGGGAAUUUGUGGAGCACACUUACCUGUAUCACCUGACUAGGCGGGAUAUCCGUCAUAACUUUUCCCCAUACUUCUAUAUGCUGUAUUUGACUGCAGAGAGCAAGUGGAGUUUUCCUCUGGGAAUUGCUGCAUUCCUGCCACAGUUUAUUUUGCUUUUAGCAGUGUCCUUCACCUACUACAGAGACCUUGUCUUUUGUUGUUUUCUUCAUACGUCCGUUUUUGUGACUUUUAACAAAGUCUGCACCUCCCAAUACUUUCUUUGGUACCUCUGCCUUCUGCCCCUCGUAAUGCCGCUGGUGAGAAUGCCUUGGAAAAGAGCAGUCGUCCUCCUAAUGUUAUGGUUUAUAGGGCAAGCCCUAUGGCUGGCACCUGCAUAUGUUCUUGAGUUUCAAGGAAAGAACACCUUUCUGUUUAUCUGGUUAGCUGGCCUAUUCUUCCUUUUUAUCAACUGUUCUAUUCUGAUUCAGAUUAUUUCCUAUUACAAAGAGGAAACCCUGACAAAGAGAAUCAAAUAUGACUAAUGGACCAAAAAAGAGUUUUGGAAUUUUUUUCUGAAUAUUCUAAGCACUCUAGUGAAAAUAUCUUUGUUUCAACAGAAAUUAAAACCAGUGUUUGCCUGAUGAAUAACAGAGAUUCAAUAAUUGAACCUCACCCUUUAGAAAAUCUUAGGACUCAUUUAUUUAGGACAUAAUGGGAAGUAAAGGAUACUUGUUUUAAAAUGGCAAGGCCAUUUAGGUGUAGUGGUGCAUGCCUGUGAUCCCAGCACUCAAGUAGACUGAAGCAGGAGGAUCACAACUAAAUUCUAGAUGAAAAACCUUUUUAGCAAUUAGAAAUUUAAAAUUAAAGAGAUAAGAAUAUACUAAGAUUUUAAUAUACACUUAAAAAUAUCUUUGGAUAUUUAAGGUCCUUAAAUACACAAACUAUGAGCACACCUUGCUAUAGUCUUAUCUCUUUAAUUUUAAAAGGGUUUUUCUUCUAGAAUUUACUUGUGUUGUCAGUGUUGCAAAAAUAAUUGUUUUAUCACUGAGCUUGUUAGUAAGACAGCCCAGUUUAAACACAUCUCACUUAACAAAAAUUCUGUGAUGGAAAUGGAGACCUUCAAGGGAGGCUCCUGGAAAAAAUAAGCAGCAGCAUCCUAAGGAGCCAGAGCUCUACUAAAAUAGGAAAUUGGGGGGUCAGGGAUUUAGCUCAGUGGUACUGCCGCCUGCCUCACAACCACAAGGUCCCAAGUUCGAUCCCCGGUACCAAAAAUAAGUUGGGGAGGGGAUAUGUGAAGAUGAGGUUUUGGUGGGCAGAUCUGUGUCCUUUAUCACUAUAAUAUUUCUGUGGGAAACUGUUUUCUGAAUUGUUUGAACAAGAAGCCUAAAAUAUUAAAAAAAUAUAUAGCC